AUGGAGUAUUUAGCUGUGCAGGAGAAAAUCGAAAUAGUUUUAAUUUAUGGCGAGGCUGCAAGGAAUGUGGAUGUUGCUGUGGGCCUUUAUGCUGAACGUUUUCCCGACGGGCCUCGUUCCCGUGCCACCAUUUAUCGCGUUGUCAAGCAAUUUACAACUGAAGGCAGUGAAGAAAACAAUCAAAAUGCCGUGUUGGCCUCAGUAGCUUACAACCCCCACGUAAGCACCCGUGCAAUAUCGCGCGACUCAGGGAUUGCUCUUACAAGUGUGUGGAGGAUCUUGAAACGCCAAAAGUUCCAUCCCUAUCACAUCUCCCUGCAUCAGGAGCUCCAUGGGGAUGAUUUCAACAAUCGUGUGGCGUUUUGCAAUUGGGCACAGGCGCAACUCCAACAAGAUCCCGAGUUUUUUUCCCGAGUCCUAUUUUCUGAAGAAUCCACCUUCACCAACCACUGUGAAGUAAAUAGGCAUAAUAUGCAUUACUGGAGUGUGGAAAACCCACGCUGGCUUCGUCAAAAUGUACCACUAGCACGGCUCCAAAACAUGUGGUACCAGCAUGAUGGUUGUCCAGCGCAUUAUUCGGCAAUUGCUCGAGAGGUGUUGGAUCGGGAGUUCAAUGGCCGGUGGAUCGAUAGACGUGGUUCAGUAAGUCGGCCUGCUCGAUCACCUGAUCUUACGACACCAGACUUCUUCCUGUGGGGUUACUUAAAGGAAAAAGUUUACGCUGCAAUUCCUACAACUCGGGAGGACAUGGUGGAGCGGAUCAGGAACGCCUGUGCGGCGAUACCGCCCGACAUGUUGGCGCGUUGUGUGCCAGAAUUCAAUACCCGCAUUCAAAAAUGGGGUUAUGUGUUGGUUGGCGGCGCUAUUUGCAUGGAACUGUUGACAAAACAGGGUUGGUCGAGCGCUUACACCGUCGAAGCAGUCAUUAUGCAGAUCUCGGCCACUUUGGUGAAAGGCAAAGCUCGCAUACAGUUUGGAGCUGUGAAAGUUUGCUCGCAAGGUCAAUACAGUCUGGCAAGGGCUCAGCAGAGUUUCAAAUCACUUGUUCAAAUUCACGAGAAAAAUGGAUAUAUUAUGCCACGAAAUAUUAAAGAUAAGUAUGAUAACAAUGGCUCCACCAGACGUACUCACUCAUACAUGUCAGCUGAAGACCAGGCAUCUGGCAAAAAAUCUUACUGGACUGAGUUGGAGAUAACAGGGACUAUUCGCAAUUUAAGCCCAAACCUGUUCCAAAUGACGCAACUCACUGCUCUGUAUCUAAAGAACAACUGUCUUCAUAGACUGCCACCCGAUAUAUGUCAGUUGGUCAAUUUAAGAAACUUAGAUUUGUCCUACAAUAAGCUGCGUUCACUGCCUGCUGAACUUGGAGAACUUAUUCAUCUCAGGGAAUUGCAACUAUGCCAUAAUUUUCUGAGAAUAUUGCCAUAUGAGCUUGGUAAACUAUUUAAUUUGAUGGUUCUUGGUUUGGCAGGAAACCCCCUCAACAAAGACAUAAUGAACAUAUACUCAGAACCCAAUGGAACACAGAGACUGUUGACAUACAUGUUGGACAAUUUACAAGCGGUUAAACCGCUCGUUAUAAAGGCGGUUUUAUACAAUCAUGAAGCUUAUGCAACUAGCGUCACUACUACUUGUGUACCUGCUUGCAUAAGACUUGGCACCUACACACAACUUUAUUUACAUUAUACCUUACGUACAAAAACAAAUAACAAUUUAUGGAGGUUCACUAACAUCGCCUUCAAAAGAUUUAACCCAUCAGACCACAUAUGUGCACAUGGCAAAAAUAUACGCGUGUCAACUACCAAAAUCGUAGUAUUGGUUGCCUAUAAUUCAGGCGUUUAG